AUGGCUGACCCCCCUCCCAAGGAGCUUGUUGCACCUGCGGCACCGACUGUUCAUCAGGCUCUUCUUGAGGACGUGUCUUCCACUUCAAACGUCCCACAAAUCGUCUCUGACUCCGUGAUUGAUAUCAGCGAUGCCGGGACUGAGAUGCUCGAGGCUUCUCGCGGUCGUCCGCAUCGUCGUCUGCGUCGUCGGGGCCUCUCAGUACCAGAUGGCUCCGACGCUGAGGAGCUGGAUGAACCUACAACCAGCCAGCAAGAAGCUGUGGCGAAGGAGAAUACCGUGACCGCGUGCUCUACACUUGUUAGACUUCUUCAACCGCCUCUUACAGCGAGCUCGCCACUGUCGGAUCUACCCUCGCACAUUAGCGAACGUGAUGAAGAUACUAUCAUCCAAGAUAUUCCUGUGCUGAAGGACAGCUCGAUUUCCACCGUGAAUGGUGGUGUCGAUUCUACCAAGCCUCUUCAUCUACCUCCUUGUGGAAGUUCGGCGCUGUCAAACGUCUCUGACACAACUGAACUCGAUGAGAACGCCAAUCAGCCAUCCUCCCUGCCGAGUGAGACCUCCGCGCCCUUUGAACCUCUCGGCAGUCCAGAUCUUAAACUACCUCGCCCCGCAGACGUUCCACCCGUUUCAAGCCGUGCUUUUCUGUACUUCCAACGUGUCUCUGGUCCAGGAAAUGUCUUCCCCGCCGGCCUUCGCGCUAUUCUCAAGGAGUGGCACGUUGCAAAUUCUGAAAAGCUGCCACCGUGCGCCACAAGAUCCUGGUCUGCAUCGCGAUCGGGUCCUUUCAUGAUCUUUGACCGGGAUGGCGACGAACUGCAGCUUGCUAUUUACAAGGUCAUCACCCAUGCAAUUUCUCAUCCUUACUUCGUCAUGGUUCUUCUGUCGGAGAAAGGCCUUGGAGAGCUGGUUGCUCCCACUAGUAUUCGCCCCAGGAUGACCACCAAGAGUUUGAAAGGUCAAUACCUCCUUGCGUGGCUCGGUGUCACCCAACAAUGGGACUGCGAGGUGUCCGCUGUGAGGGUUCCCAUACUCGAUGACAAAAAGAUUCGGUUUGACCCCAAAAUGUUCGAUUACGCGCAGGAUAACCCUCUACUUCUACGAGCCAUUACCACGCCGAAGAAGAACAAGGACUCUUCACCUGCAGAUUCCGCGAACCACGCAAGCGGCAAGAGUCUUCACCCAUACCCGACCUUCUCGGAACCUGUGCUCUAUGCACCUACGCCUAGUCCGAUUACACAAGCUUCUGAAGAUGACGAGAGACCGUCACCGCAGAAAACAAAGGACCAAGCUUUCUGGGCUGAUCAGGCAUCGAAACGCGAACUUAGUGAAGUAUCCUCAGACCAUUCCACCGACCGGAAUGUGCGACGACGUCUCUUUGCCCCCACCCCCACACCAUCUUCGCGCAUCACCAAAGCGCGAUUCAAGCUCGUAUCGGAGACAUCUGAGAUGACGCGUUGUUUCUCCGUGGGGGAUUGCGAGAACGUCGAUGUCUUUUUCAAAAAAGCACGCGAGUUCUACCGGAGCGCUCGCAAAGCUAGUUCUAUGGCUCUUGCGUGCCAGAUUCCAGGUGUUGAGGGCAUUCGGUAUAUCGGGGAAGGAUGUCAGGAUGAGUUCCGUAUCUUGUGCGAGGACAUUGACCAGCUCUCUGGCGGGGUUGGCAUUCUCGUCAUUGAUAUCAAGCCGGUGUUUUAG